UAAUGACUGCCACUUUGGAAAUGUGGGAUCUUUGUUCAUUUCCUUGCUGGGUAUCAGUAUAAUUAAACUUCAUUAUUUCUCUUUCCUUUUCAGCUAUAAAUAUUUCAUACUGCCAUUUGAGGUAAUUACUAUUAAUAACUGUUGUUGUCUUUUCUUUUAAGCACAUUCAAGGAAGCAAUUGAGAAGCUACUGUGCUUGGGAGAUCUGUCCUCUGUUCCCGUACUACCAACCGCUCGUAUGAUUCAUAACGCUGUUAAGGACGUACGAUAUAAACAAACAUGGCACAGAGCAAGGAGGAUAUCAAGUACGGCGCAGCUCAGGCGAAGGUGUCCGAGGAUGAGUCGCUGAGGGUGGCGUACAAGCACGGCACGCCCUUGGAAGGCGGCAAGAUCGCGGAGUCGAAGCCUGUUGAUCUCUUCGCCGACGCCGGCAGGAUCGACUCAGCGAAUCGCGGGGGCGGCGACAGAGACGGCGACAGCGACGGCGACAACUCCGCCGCCCGCCCUGGGGAGGAGCCGGGAGCAGGCGAGGAGAAAGAUGGCGCAAAAAUUGCAGACUGAUGAAAUCAGGUCUAGUUUGAAAAUGUGUCGUCUUUCUGUGUGUCGUGAUGUGUCGGUACCUAUUGUGAUAUUAGUUUGUACUAAUUAAAUAGAAGUGCUUUCAACUAAACUUUUUUAAGGUUUUAUUUCGAAUUGCGGAGUGCUUGUGUU